UGUGUAAAGCACACGUGUCUAGUUUGUCCCUCUUUACCCGCCGUCACUACGCACUAAGUAUGGCGGCCUAUGAGUUGUGACAAGUGUUUGGGUUGUUUAAACAUCAUUAUUUUUCAUUUCUGAAACAGCUUUUCCUCGGAAUUCGUAUUUAGCUGCACUAAUAACCACAUCGCGACUCAGGCCAUCAUGCCGUCCGCCUGUGAUCCUCUGAUUGACGACAUUGAGGACAUGGUGUCUUCUAGCGACCCCACUCCUCACGAAAGACAGUCUGCUAGAAAGAGUAUCAUACCGAGGUCGAGGAAGAAAAAAGAUUUGAGCCAAGAGGAGCUUCAUGCUGACAGUUUGAUUCCUGGCACCCAAAAAAUCUGGAUGAAAACUUGGGGCUGCAGUCAUAACAACUCCGAUGGGGAGUACAUGGCUGGGCAGCUAGCUGCCAGUGGAUACAAGAUGACUGAUGACCCAACAGAGGCAGACCUGUGGUUGCUCAACAGCUGCACUGUGAAAAACCCUGCAGAAGACCACUUCAGGAACUCAAUCAAAAAAGCCCAGGACCAGCAUAAAAAGGUGGUAGUAGCAGGUUGUGUUCCCCAGGCCCAGCCACGGAUGGACUACCUCAAAGGACUCAGCAUCAUUGGGGUCCAACAGAUUGAUCGAGUGGUGGAAGUGGUGGACGAGGCAGUUAAAGGCCACUCUGUUCGUCUGUUGGGUCAGAAGAAAGAUGGAAGUCGGAGGCUCGGAGGAGCUAGACUGGACCUGCCCAAGAUCAGGAAGAACCCACUGAUUGAAAUCAUCUCUAUUAACACUGGGUGUCUGAAUGCGUGUACCUACUGUAAGACGAAGCAUGCCAGAGGAGACUUGGCCAGCUAUCCCAUUGAGGAGCUGGUAGAGAGAGCCAGACAGUCUUUCCAGGAGGGAGUUUGUGAGAUCUGGUUGACCAGCGAGGACACAGGAGCUUAUGGCAGAGACAUAGGUACAGACUUGCCCACGUUGCUGUGGAGACUGGUAGAGGAGAUUCCUGAAGGGGCCAUGCUGAGGCUGGGUAUGACCAACCCACCAUAUAUCCUGGAACAUCUCGAGGAGAUGGCUAAGAUAUUGAAUCAUCCACGUGUCUAUGCCUUCCUUCAUGUUCCUGUGCAGUCAGCCUCAGACAGCGUCCUGAUGGACAUGAAGAGAGAGUAUUGCAUCGAUGACUUCAAAAGAGUGGUGGACUUCCUCAAAGAGAGGGUCCCAGGUGUUACCAUUGCUACAGAUAUAAUCUGCGGUUUUCCUGGUGAGACAGAGGAAGACUUCCAAGAGACAGUCGACUUGGUGAAACUCUAUCGAUUCCCAAGUCUCUUCAUCAACCAGUUCUACCCCAGACCCGGUACACCUGCUGCUAAGAUGGAGCAAGUGCCAGCACACAUGAAGAAGCAGAGGACUAAAGAGCUGUCACAGCUCUUCCACUCUUACAACCCCUAUGACCACAAGAUAGGGGAGAGACAACAUGUGUUGGUCACGGAGGAGUCAUUUGAUGCCCAAUACUACGUGGCUCACAACAAGUUCUACGAACAGGUAUUGGUACCUAAGAGGGCUGAGUUCAAAGGGAAGAUGAUUGAAGUGGACAUCUACGAGGCAGGAAAACACUUCAUGAAAGGCCGACCAGUAGAGGACACCAAGCCCUUCACUCCCUCCAUUGCUGCACCACUUCAGAAAGGAGAGGUGUCUGGCCUGACGCAGGAACAAAUGGCCAAUGGUGUCCAAGGUCCUGCUCCUGCGCCUUCUUCGUCUGUUUUGUUGAUUGGAUCUUACAGUCUGGACAGGGAAGAACUGAAGAGGCUUGGAAUUGGGUUCGUUCUGGUAGCAGUCAUCUUGGCCUUCAUUGUGGAGAAAUUGUACUGAUGGAGCACCUGCAAGCUGGAAGAAGAAAGGAGAGGACGGUGACAUCACAGGAGCAGACAGUGUGUUGGAAACAGGUAUGCAAGCGAUGAAGAAGUGUCGUCGGAUCCCCUGUCGUUCAGUUAUAAAUGACCCCAAAGGACAAAAAGACAAAUUCAGUGACACCCACCCGGUCAAGGAUUUUUUAAUGUUCUGUGAUGUACAUCUUGGUUUUUAGUACAGUUGCAUUUUUACUUUUUAAUUAGUUAUCGCCCUGUCUUUCUCUGUCAGUGCAGUAAGAAAAAGCUCAUUGGCAGGCAUCAGUCACCCCAGACCUCUGCUAACUCUUUUGACACAAGCCUUUUUAUUUUUCAGGUUACACCCGUGUUAUACUAGAUUUAUUUAGAAUAUAUUUCAAAUACAGAUUCAUUUUUUUCAAUUUUUAUAAUGAGAGGUGAACAUUUUCAGAAGUGUUUCAGGAAAAUGCUCUGCUCUGUAUGUUGUUCACUGAUGGCUGCAGCCUGACAUUGUCCUGGUAAAUAAAUGUUUUGAGUGAU